AUGGCUCUCAACGUGAACCGUGCUGUCGCUGAUCCGUUCUACCGCUACAAGAUGCCAAAGCUGUCGGCUAAGGUCGAAGGCAAGGGCAAUGGAAUCAAGACCGUCAUCUCGAACAUGUCUGAUAUCGCGAAGGCUCUCGAGCGUCCGCCAAUGUGUACGUUUGCCGACGGACACCCCACCAAGUACUUUGGUUGUGAGCUCGGAGCUCAAACGAACUUCGAUGCCAAGAACGAACGUUACAUCGUCAAUGGAGAGCAUGAUGCGAACAAGCUCCAAGAUAUUCUCGAUGGAUUCAUCAAGAAAUUUGUCCUGUGCAAGUCGUGUGAGAAUCCAGAAACCCAAUUGUUCGUUCGCAAGAACUGCAUCAAGAGCAAGUGCAAAGCUUGUGGAUGCUCAUUUGACAUUGAUCUCAAGCACAAGUUGUCCACCUACAUUAUGAAGAACCCGCCAAAGAUCGAUGUAGAUUUUUCCAAAGCCGAAGAGAAAAAUGGAAAGAAGACAUCGGGAGCUGACGCAAACGCUGCUCCUACUGCUGACAUAAUCCACGGUAGCGACAAGGGCAGUUCGAAUGAUGACGACGACGACGACUGGGAACCUGAACCAGUCGAGCCGAAUGGCAUGCUGUCGGCGGGAAUGGGCAAGCUCGUGCUGGACAAGGAUCUCGAGAAGAGCAAAGAGCAGCGUCUCGACAUGCUUCAUGACUUCUUGGUGAAGGCCAAAGAUGAAGGUCGUAUCAGUGAUGCUAAAGGACAGACUGCAUUGCGCGAUGAAGCCGAGAGACUCGAGUUGAAACAGAAAGCAUCGCUUCUUCUUGCCAAUGUUCUUUUCGAUGACAAGAUUGUUUCUGACAAGCAGAUCAACACCCAUCGCAACCUUCUGCUUCGUUUUGUGAUGAACGACAAGAAGGCGCAACUUUACUUGUUGAGAGGAAUCGAGCAAGUCAUUCACAGGUACGAGGAUGAUCUUCUCACCAAGUCGGCUCACAUCAUCAAGUCUUUGUACGAUGCUGACAUCUGCGAGGAGGAAGUAUUAUUGUCUUGGGGAGAUAAGCCAUCCAGCAAGUAUGUUUCAAAGUCCUUUGCCAAGAAGAUCAUCGAAAAUGCCCAGCCAGUGCUCAAAUGGCUCAAGGAAGCGGAAGAGGAGAGCGAAGAAGAGUCCGACGACGAUAUCGCGUUCGGAGGUGACGUCAAGGAGAGUGAGUUCCUUCGUCAACAAAAAGAGAAGGCCGCCAAAGAAGAACAAAAGGCUGCCGCCAGUGCUGCCAAGGCGUCCAAUGGUACAGCCCAGGCCGAUGACGAAGAAGACUUGGAUAUCGAUGACAUUUAA